GCACUGUUACGUCCCAUCGGCCGGCGCGGCAGCGACAGGGCACAAUCAAUCGAGGCACUUCAGCACUAGAAGGGGCGCUGCAAGGGGAAUACCUCCAAUCAAGGCCGGGCGAGAUACGCCAUUCCUGCCUUUGACCAGGUCCUGGAUACCUGAUGAGCCCGAAAGCAAUAUGGAUGAGGAGAAUGGAUGAUGACGUACAACUGCCUCGCACCGUCUCUUUGUGAUGCGAACAUGUAUCUAUACAAGUCACAGCAGCGCGCACAUGGACGGGAAGUCAUCGACUUUUACACCCGGGGCCCCAGGUUGAUCAAGGAGAUUGCAGCCCAAGAUUGCGACAUCAUAUGCCUGCAGGAGGUGGAUGAGCGCCACUUCACUUCUUUCUACGAGCCACAAUUGAAAACAUACGGAUAUGAAGGGACCUUCGUUCCUUGUACUGGGACAAAGACGGAUGGAUCGGCAAUCUUGGUCAAAACAAGCCAGUUCACUAUGGUCGAAUUCCGUCAUGUUCAAUACCAUCCACACAAACACAACGUUGGUAUUGUUUGCAUUCUUCAGUCAGUAAAGACAGGUCGGCCGAUAUGCAUCACGACCACGCACAUCCUUUGGUCACCCAAAGGCGGCGAAACUAAACUUGCGCAGCUCAUGCUUCUCAUGCAGAACAUGAAACACUUGAUUGAGCAGCAUGAAGUGGUUUACGGCAUGAACCUGCCCGUUCUGUUGUGCGGAGACUUCAACAUCAACCCUGGCAGUUUCAUCUACAACUUUUUGCGAGCAGGCCGUGCGGACAUGAAGUCCGCCAUCCCCAAAACCAUGUCAGGCCAACUAGCCGACAAACGUCGAGGCACCGGGCUGGCGAAAGCGACAUGGUCGGUCAUCAAGGGCAUGUUCCCCCUCAGCGUCUUUGCAGCCUUCCCGCAGAUCGGCGGCGACACCACCGUACAAGCCGACGGCUGGCUGGACUGGUGCUCCAUCCCCACCUACUCGGGCACAGCGGCCAACGGAGCCUGGAUUCACCAGCCCUCUGACUCCGGCUACCCACCCGACACAUCAGACGCUCCCCUCAUCGCCCGCCACCCCUUCCAUUUUCUCUCCGUCUACGCGCCCUACAACGACCCGACCACCGGCGAACCCUACUUCACCACCUGGCACGAAGCGGACCAAGAAGUCGUCGAUUUCAUCUUCAUGGGCGAGCUCCGCAACGAAGCACGCUCCCGCGCAACGACCACCACCCGUUUCGUACCGGGAGAAUCAACCCUCAGCGCCGACGGCCUCAACCCCAGCCUCUCUGUGACGCAAGCCGAUGCGGCGCCGCAGCAGAUGACGCUGCUGGAGUGUCUGAGAUACCUGAAACCGCCCCGCGCGAGUGAGACGGAGAAGAUGCCGAAUGCGAAUGUGCCGAGCGAUCAUGUGAUGCUGGUGGCGGAGUUUAGGCUUAGUGGGGCGAAGGGGUUUUGUGAGGAAUUUGGGGAUUUGGGGUUUUAGGGGAUGCCCCUUUUUGGAGUGGAAGCGAGGCGAUGCGGUGGUUGGAAUGAUACCCAUAGGUGGAGCGUAGGCCGGUUCAUGAGACGCCGACGAUCAUGGA